AUGCUUCUCCUCCUCGCCUCUCUCCUGGCCGCCUCGGCCAACGGCGUGGCCCUCGUGGCCCGGCAGAACGUGAACCAAGUGGUCCGGCUCAGCUCGGUCGAGAACGUGGCGGUGCGGUCGACGGGCGAGAUCCUGGCGACCAACAUGAACUCGGCCAACCUGUACUCGAUCGACCCGGUGGCCAAGACGUCGGCGACGGCGCUGACGGUCUCGGGCGCGAGGGGGCUGUCGGGCAUCGGCGAGUACGCGCCCGACGUGUUCGCCGUCAUCGGCGGCAAGGCCGUCUACUCGGUCGACUUCACGGCGAGCCCGCCGGCGUCGAGCGCGAUCGCGACCAUCGCGGAGGCGUCCAACCUCAACGGCCUGGCCGUCCUGUCCAACUCGACCGUCCUCGUCGCCGACGCCGGACGGGGGCUUGUGUACCGGCUCGACGUGGGCACGGGCGAGUACGCGGUGGCGCUGCAGGACGCGACCAUGGCGCCGUCGGGGGGGAUCCCCUUCGGCAUCGACGGCAUCAAGUACCGCGACGGCGUGGUGUGGUACACCAACAUCUUCAAGAACAGCUUCCACCGCGUCGCCGUCGACCCGCACACGGCCGAGGCCGUCGGCCCCUACGAGACCCUCUGGACCAACCUGAUGGGCGACGACCUCUGCUUCGGCCCCGACGGCCUCAUCUACGUCGCCACCAACGCCGGUAACUCGCUCGUCGAGGUCGACCCGGCCGUCGGCACCCCCAGGACCGUCGGCUCCGUCACCGGCUCGACCUCGUGCGCCUUUGGCCGGACCGACGCCGACGCCAACGUGGCCUACGUCGGUGCCGGCCAGGGCGUCUAUGCUGUGACGGUCCAGGUGUGA